AUGAUUAAUAUUAAUAUUAAUAUUAUUAUUAUUAUUAUUAUUAUUAUUAUUAUUAUUAUUAUUAUUAUUAUUAUUAUUAUUAUUAUUAUUAUUAUUAUUAUUAUUAUUAUUAUUAUUAUUAUUAUUAUUAUUGUUAUUGUUAUUGUUAUUGUUAUUGUUAUUGUUAUUGUUAUUAUUAUUAUUAUUAUUAUUAUUAUUACAGAGGGCUACUAA